AUGAGUAUCCCCGAUGCGCAGAUAUUCCCUCAUGCCACCGGUGCUGCUGGUCCAACUGUCGAUCAACACCAAACUCCUCAGGACCUCAUCUUCCACGCGGGAUGGUUCUGUCCCUUCGUACAACGCGUAUGGAUCGCUCUUGAAGAACGUGGCAUCCCAUACGAAUAUAAAGAGGUCAACCCGUACAAGAAGGAACCUCGCUUUUUAGAGCUCAACCCCAAGGGUCUCGUCCCCGCGUUCGAGUACAGGGGACAGGCGCUGUACGAAUCGCUCAUCAUGUGCGAGUUCCUCGAAGACGCCUUCCCCUCGCACCGCCCCGCCCUACUUCCCGCGGACCCCGUUCUCCGCGGCCGGGUCCGCAUCUGGGCCGACUUUGUCAACAAGACGAUCUCCACUUCGUUCACGCGCACGUUGAUGGCCCAGGAUCCCGCCGCGCAAGCCGCCAGCCUCCAAGAGCUGUACACGGGCAUCCGGACUUUUGUCGCCGAGGUGAAAGGGCCAUACUUCCUUGGAGACGAGUUUUCCCUCGCGGACGUCGCGAUCGCGCCAUGGAUCGUACGUGAUUACAUCUUACAGGAGCACCGGGGGUACGAUCGUGCCGCCGUCGGUGUGGAUUGGACCGAGUACGCCGACAGGAUCGUAGCGCGGGAGAGCAUCACAAAGACGACGAGUGAGAAGGACAAGAUGGAGGGUAUCUGGGGUCGGUACCUGCGUGACGAGGCGAUGAGCGAGGGUACGAAGGCAAUUAGGGCUGGCCGGCCUUUCUGA